AUGGUGGCAGUGAAGACGGCUUGUGAUGUCCACCGGAGAUCGAAAGGAAAUAUCCAGGAGCCGCGGGAAGGCGGCGAAGGAGGCAGCAGGGGCGGGACCAGGACAGCGGGAGUACAACAAUGCGUACUCUCAUCACCCCGCCAGCACACAAGACGAAGGUCGAAAGCGUUGUGCUUGGUUUGGAGGAUUUUGGUCCUCGUCGCUGUCCAGAGGUGGUCAUCAUCCAGAUCUACCAGUAGCAGUAGCAACCGCACCUCAGCAGUGCUAGUGCUCGGCGCGUCGGUGUCGGUGGGCUUUGGCGGGGGGUGUCCCAGCGCAUGCAGCGGCCACGGGUACUGCACAGGCCCCAGCACUGAGACUUGUGCUUGCCACCAGGGCUGGGCCGGCGGCGACUGCUCGAUCCGGCUUUGUCCAAGCGGAGCCGCCUGGGUGGACCACGCCACGGCAAACAACACCGCACAUGCAGCCUACACAGAGUGUUCAAACAUGGGAGUGUGCGACCGGGCCACCGGGCUCUGCUCGUGUCGGACAGGCUUCACAGGGGAGGCCUGCCAGCGCAUGGAGUGCUUGAACGACUGCAAUGGGCGAGGGAGGUGUAUGUCCAUGCGCGAAGCGGCGGCGUUGAUUGACGGGGAUAGUUUAGAGUUCGAGGGCGUAUAUGACGGCUGGGAUGCCGACAUGAUUUACGGCUGCCUGUGCGACGACGGCUGGGAAGGAUAUGACUGUUCAAAAAGGUCUUGCCCUAAAGGCGUUGACCCGUUCCCUGACAUCGUGGGCGAGGACGAGGAGCAGCUGAUCGACUGCUACUGCCCCGGGCAGUGCUCGGGAUCGCUACUGCUGGCUUUCCGGGGGCACAGCACCCGACCUAUCCCCUUCGAUGCAUCGGCGGAACUUGUCAAGUACCGGCUCGAGGAGCUUGACACGGUCGACGUGGUCUCAGUAAACAUUACCGGGAUAGGGGGCAUGAUCUGCAGCGGCAACGACGGUAUCACCAGCCGCGUGGCUUUUCUCCUGCAGCACGGUCCGCUGUCGAACAUGACCGCGGACGUCGCCUCGCUGGCGUCCACCACAGACGACCCAUCUGUGGUAGUGUAUGCGAAAGGACAUGCGAGCGGUCUCAACCCUCAUCUCUUCAGCCAGAUCGGUACGAAGGACGCCAAGGAAUGCUCCGACCGGGGCUCCUGCAAUCGCCAAACGGGCCACUGUAUGUGCUACUCAAAGUUCAGCAGCUCCGAUGGGAUGGGUGGCGAGGGGGAUAUGGGAGACUGCGGAUACUACGACUCGUACGACCCCCCCACAAACUGCACCACAGCCACGCCGAUGUGGGGUUCCACUUCGGCGCUCUGCAGCGGGGUCGGGAAUUGCGACCAGGAGACGUGGCGCUGCAACUGCACUGAGAGCUACACGGGCGGUGCUUGCGAGCUACGCGACUGCGACAGCGGUGUGGCGUGGUUCGAGGAAGCCGCGUGGAACGUGAGCUCUGGGGCCGAGGGUGGUCGGACGGGGCUGUCCGUCCAGUGCUCCGCGGGCGGGGUCUGCGACGAGUCUACGGGGAUCUGCUCUUGCCGUAGCGGCAUGUUUGCCGGGGAUGCGUGCGAGGUCAUGGACUGCCCGACGUGCAACGACGUGGGGACUUGCAAAGACAUGGAGUACUUCGCAGCGACGAUCAUCAGCAACGGGGAGGCGCAGGAAGGGUAUACGUAUGAUCUUUGGGAUGCCAACAAGAUGCGCUCGUGCUGGUGUAACCGAUCCAUGACCGUCGACAACAUGUUCUCCGGAAUCUCGACCACCCACCGCGGCCCGUACGCCCUCGCGGACACGGAUUCCCACGGCUACGACUGCAGCCUUGGAAGGUGUCCUACCGGUGACCACUAUCACACCCCCGGCGUGACGGACAUUCAGAGGGUCAACUGCACCGCGGGGUUGGGAGUGUUCACGCUCAGCUUCCGGGGCGAGACGACGGUGGAGCUGGACUACUUCAUCAGUGCCGCAGGCCUGGAGGCUGCGCUGGAAGCGACUCCGUGGAUUCUUGACGUCAACGUUACCUACACGAGCGGGACAACUUCAGCGUGCAACGACACAGAGUACAUCGACAUCGAGUUCCUCACGGAAAACGGAGACCUUCCCCUCAUCAAGUCCAGCACGGACUUCCUUCUCCGGACUGACGGCACCACUCCGGGUUUGGUGACGGUGGAAAAGGUCCAGACGGGCACUCGAGAGGACGUCGAGUGCGGGGCUCACGGUAUCUGCGUGGAGGAGGAAGGGGUUUGCGACUGUUUCGUUGGCUACCAGAGCGGUGACGGCACCGGGAGCAGCGGGGAGAGGGGGGACUGCAGCUGGAGGAACAAGUACCAGACGGCGCUCUUCACCGGGAGCGGAGUCGCAUAUGACUACAACUAA